AUGGCUGAAGGACGCUGCAACUGUGGAGGCAUCAAAGUUUCCACUCCUGCUCUGCCAGAGACAUCCAUAAUCUGCUACUGUUCAAAUUGCCGCCGCUCAGGCUCGAGCGUGGGAUCAAUCCUACACGCUCUGGAAAAAUCCGAAGUUACUAUCAACGAUCCCAAUGGUAAUCUCAAGAGCUACAAAGACAGCGACACAAAGAGUGGGAAAACGCUUACUCGCCAGUUCUGUAGCAAUUGUGGAUGCCCCAUUGCUUACCUACUUGGCAAUGAUUCCCCGAAGAUGAUCUUGGGCGGCGGUCUGUUUGAGCACAUACCUGCUCCGAGCUACAAAUCCUUUCCGGAAAAAGAGCCGAGUUGGAUGAGCAUUCUAGAACCUGACGAUAAGAAGCGAUAA